AUGGCAUACGUAAUUAAGUUUAUAGAAACAACUGAAAAGCGAAUCUUUUGGGGUUCACCAAUCAAAGCUAUGUAUGUUCCCUUUGAUGUUUGGCCACUAAAAGUCUAUCCCGACUACUGUGAUGGUCCAGUAUAUAUUAUAGGGCGAAAAGCAGUGCAAAAACUUCUUAGAGUGACACCCAAGCAUCGUUCAUUCUAUUUUGAGGAUGUAUUCUUCACUGGCAUUGUUGCUGAGUCAGCUGGAAUAAAGAAAUUGAAUUGGUCCGACAAUAUGAUACUUACCGACCAGGUUUGUAAGGCUUCAACAAAAUAUAUUAUCCAUUUUCAUUCAAAGAUGAGUCAAAACAAACACGUUAAUGUGAAGAUCCGAAUGGUUUUGAUGUCCUGAGG